UGACGUAAGCCGGGCCUAACGUAUCGCACAACUACGGACCCAGGCACGGUUGGAAUCUAUUUUUAAAAAAGGUAACGGGGAUCUGCGCCCCCCCCCGGAGACCUCGAUUCCUGGGCAUCCUCAAGGAUAAGGAUAAAACCUCACGGGGUCUUAGCCAUGAGACUGGGACUGGGCAGCGAGCACCCCGGACGGCCUCGCGGCCCGGACUCACAGGAGUGGAAGCCCCCGCGGCGCCGCUUCGCAGCAUCUCACGGUCCGGCUCACGGAACGUUCCCUAGAAGAACCGCCGCUUCCUAGCCGGACCGAUUUUUAAGUCACAUCCGGUUGCUAAGGGAGGCGGGGCCGGAAGUUAUGGUCGCGAGGCCCGCCCCCUCUUCCCCGGAAGUAUCAUGGCGGCGUCGGCACGCUGGAAUCACGUGUGGGUCGGUUCGGAGACCGGAAUCUUGAAAGGCGUGAACUUGGUCCGGAAGCAGGCGGUGAACUUCACGGAGGCCGAGGGCAAGCCGCGGCGGGAGGAGGAGGUGAACGUGCUGUGCUGGGCCGACGCGGCCGAGAGCCAGAUUCUGAUCGGCUGUGCCAAUGGCACUGUGAAAUCCUUCAGCACAGAGGAGGGCAAGUUCCUCAAGAGCAGGAGCUGUCCGGGAGGAGAAGGAACUUUUCGGGGGCUUGCAAAGCAUGAUGGCUGCCUCAUCACUUGCGUGGAGUCUGGGAUUCUCCGCCUGUGGCCCGAGGAUUCCUCUGAACAUGUCAAAGAGCUCAGUGUGGGUCCCAGUGUUUGCAGGAUGCGCCAGGAUCCUGACAGACCUCACAUAGUGGCCACUGGUGGGAAGGAGAAUUCCCUGAAAGUGUGGGACCUGGAGACGUCGUCCCAGGAGCCCAUAUUCAAGGCUAAGAAUGUCCGAAAUGACUGGUUGAAUCUCCGGGUUCCCAUCUGGGAUCAGGACAUCCAAUUCCUCCCCGGGUCACAGAAGAUUGUGACAUGCACUGGACAUCACCAGGUCCGAGUGUAUGACCCAGCCUCCCCACAGCGGCGGCCUGUGCUGGAAACCACCUAUGGAGAGUAUCCCCUGAUGGCAAUGACUCUCACUCCAGGGGGCAACUCCGUGGUCGUGGGGAACACCCAUGGGCAGCUAGCAGAAAUUGACCUCCGGCAGGGGCGCCUGGUCUGCUGCUUAAAGGGUCUGGCGGGCAGCGUCCGGGGGCUGCAGUGCCAUCCCACUCAGCCCCUUCUUGCCUCCUGCGGCCUGGACAGAGUUCUUCGGGUACACCGACUUCGGGAACCUCGAGGACUAGAGCACAAGGUCUAUCUCAAGUCACGGCUGAACUGUCUCCUCUUGUCAGGCAGGGACAGCUGGGAGGAUGAGCCCAAAGAUCCUGCCCCAGUAGUUCCCGAAGAAGCAGAGAGCGACGAGUUGUGGGAUUCGCUGCAGCCAGUGGUUGCUGGGGCCAAGAGGAAGCAGAAGCCCCUGGGAGCCCAACCUGCAGGGAAGAAGCAACUGGGAGCCCAACCUGCAAGGAAGAAGCAACAGCUACUGAGUGGCCCCUCACCUGUUCCCCCUUUAUAAAUAAAGAUGUCUCCAACCUUC